AGAGCAGCCCUCAGGCGGGUACGGGGAUGCUCCCAGCCAAGAUCGCCCAUGGAGAGGAAGAUGCCGCACGCAGGAGUGUGGGAAGCCGCCCAGAGGUGUCCGUCCCCCGGCAGAGGUGCGUCCGGUGCGCAGGACAUGAUGUCCAAAGGCUCUGCUUUGACUCUUCUGGCUCACAGUGUUACACAGCCCCACUGUGAAGCUGUGGCUACUUCACAAGGCCCUGCGCCAAUCCUCUGCAGAUCCGUGGUGAUACAACGCCCCGCUGUGGCUGUGUCAGGUCGUGAUACGACAAAGCCGUGCUGAGACGCUUUCAGAGGCAUGGUGUUACAAUGCCAACCUAUUUGCCAGCAGAGCCUGCUGGGUGCUCUUCCACCGACGUCUGUGCUCAUGACCCACUCUGCCAUAGGUCAGUGAUGCCCAUGAAGUGCUGGGCUGUGAGUAACCCAGCACCUGUGACUGUGCAGCAGCAUUUGGCCAGCUGUACCAGACACGUCCUCUGUACACAGAGCGGAUCAGCCUGAGAAAACACUUGGGAAGAAAACUUUGGCAGUGGUUGUAACCCUGCAAUCUGUGGGGUUUGUGGGGUUGAGAGUGCUGUGCCCUGGGCAGGAAAUUCUUUAGAUCAGUAUUUGCCCUCUCACCUGUUGGGACACCAUGGCCCCUUUGAGGCAGCCGAGGGCAAACCGAGCUGAUCAAUACAUGGCUCCAAUCAGGCUGAUUGAUAGGCCUUUAAACUGGAUUUGAAGGGGGAAAGGGACAAAAGCAGGCCCACCGGUGGUAAGCUAUGGGACUGCAUGCCAAUUUUUGAGGAACUGCACGGUAGUGAGGCCCUUCAGUCUGCCCCACAAGGGGCUGAGUUUAAUGAAAGACAUCUGAAGCAUUUCUAUUCAUACACAUGCCCUAGAAGGAAGCAGUGUCGAAAACAGCUGGUCAGUAUUCAAGAAUCACUUCCUCCAAGCUCAAGAUCGGUGCAUCCCUAUGAGCAAGAAGGCAAGCAAAGGGGGCAGGAGGCCUGCAUGGGCCAGCAGGGAGCUCCUGGCGAAGCUCAGACAGAAGGAAGUUUACAGCGUGUGGAAAAAGGGACAGGCCACUUGGGAGGAAUAUAGGGACACUGCCAGAGUAUGCAGGGAUGUGAUAAGGAAGGCCAAGGCCCAGCUGGAAUUGGAUCUGCCAAGGGAUAUCAAGGACAACAAGAAAGGCUUCAAAUACAUCAGUAGGAAAAGGAAGACUGGGGAAAAUGUCAGCCCGCUGCUGAAUGGGGCAGGUGCCCUGGUGACAAAGGAUGUGGAGAAGGCAGAGCUACUGAAUGCUUUUUUUGCUUCAGUGUUUACUGCUAAGAUCAGCCCUCAGGAAUCUCAGACCCAAGAGACAAAGAGAGGAAGUCCAGAGAAAGGAGGACUUUGUCUUGGUCAAAGAGGAUCGGAUCAGAGAUCAGCUAAGCAAACUUGACAUCCACAAUGAUGGGGAAAUCCCUGAUGACCGGAAAAAAGCAAAUGCUAUUCCCAUCUUCAAGGAGGGAAGUGACUGUAAAAAGGCCUAACCCUGACAUUGAGGACACUGGUCCAUGGGUGAACCUCUGCACAGGGAGCACCACCAUGCCAGGAUCCUUCACAAGCCAGCCUUCUUUGCUGCACCUCCUUAUCCAGAGCACUGCUCGCAUUACUGCCACUUCCCGUGGCCUACUGAACCCCGCAUUAGGUGUUUCUCGAUUGCACAGAGCAGAGUCCAGCCUGCCUGCACACAGGCACCACCAGGGACAAUGGCUUCAUGCCUGGCAUGGCACCUAGGUUUCUAUUUCCUAUUUCUAUUAAGAUGUACGAUGUGGUAGCAAAACACAUCGCACCGUUACUUGGCUCCUGGCUUUAUGUCCCAUUCCCAUCAGAAGGUUCAUAACUUACUGCAGGGCAGUGUAACCAUACUGGCGUCUCAGCUAGAGAAAAGACAUCAAUGUACCUGUAGCUCACUAGUGCAGGAGAAUAUUGGAGAGGUCAAGCUUGGAGGUAGCCUGGGCUGCAGUGAUCAUAGUAGUACAGAACAGGUAGUACAGGACAGGUAAAAGUAUAGUCAAGACUAUAAAACCCAGAAAGGUAAAUGUUUGGCUGUUUAGGGUUUGAGUGUGUGGGAUCCUUUGGGAAAUUGCCCUCAGAGAUAAAAGAGCAAAUGAUAGCUGGGAGAUAUUUAAUGACGUUUUUCUUAAGGUACAAGAGCUCUCGAUUCUGACAUGCAAGAAGUUGGACAGGGGAGGCAGGAGACUAGCUUGGCUAAGUCAAGAGCUCUUAGCCAAGCUGAAACACAAAACCAAAAUGAAUAGGCAGUGGAAGCAGGGAUGUUCCCCUGAUAAUGUUAAAGGGACAUGGCCCAGAAGAGCAGAGAGGGGAUCAGGAAAGCUGAGGAACAGCUGCAGGUGAAUUUGGCUAGAGAUAUAAAAAAUAACAAGAAGGGUUUCUUUAACUACAUAGGACAACAAAGGAAGAUAAAAGAAACUGUACCCUCCAUGAUGAGUGAAAUGGGAGGCCUGUCUACAACUGAGACGGAGAAGGCUGAGGUACUCAACAACUUUUUUGCCUCACUCUUCACCAGCAAGUGCUCUAGCCAAACUGCUCAAUAUUCACAGAGAGCAUCGAGGUUGUUUGGCAUGGAGAAGAGAAGGCUCUGGGGAGACCUUAGAGCGGCCUUCCUGUAACCAAAGGGAGCCUAAAGGAAAGAUCGGGACAGACAGUAGGAGGGCACCCCGGAAACCUGUAAAAACAGGGCCCAAGGGGACUGAGAAGCUCUCAUUAGUAGUCCAGGUCUGCUUAUUAGAGAAUAAGAGAAAAUAAAUAUCCAUGUACUAUUUCCAUGUUUCUGGAUAAGAUUGAAAGCCACAGAGAAAUAGAUUUGUUGCACUGAAGCCUUUAUCUUUAAUGACAAUCCCUGUAAUGUGCGUGUUUUAAUUAGGUGAUGACACUGUAUAUCUGCUGAUACUCAGGCACACCCUGUGUUCAUGUGCUCCAGAGCAUUGAUCCCCUCUCAGUAUUGGAGUCUCCAGAAGAACUGCGUGCUCAGCAAUCAAUUCAGAACUGACUGGCCGCUAAUCAGUGCAAGAGAUCAAUUUCUUUAAUUGUUUAUUAAUUUGCCUGCUUCCAAAUCAUAGAAUCAUAGAAUCAUUAAGGUUGGAAAAGACCUCCAAGAUCAUCUUUCCCCAUACAUUCCCCAUAUGGAGACUUAGUUUUGGUUGCUGUGUUAGAGCUAAGACCAGACUUUCCUAUUUAUGUGCUGUAGGCCGCAAUGAUUUUCCUGCCUGUCUUGGCCAGUUUCUGAAAGUGGGAGAGAGUCAUAAACACCAGUAUUUGUCUGGGUGUGACUGUCCUGCUCUGCCAAGGAGUAGAUAACUGGUAGUCCACUGAAGGUUUAUUGUAUGCCUAUAAGGAGUUUAGGUUAAUGGAUUACCAAGCCAGUGCUGUGUAAAGGCUUUAUAAAGCUUAUUUUUUUUGCACUGGGGAGAUAGAGCUCUGACAACUAGAGCAAAUCUGAGAGACACAAAGGAAGGACAGUGAAAUACCAAAGCAAGAGAAAAGAAAAUAUAUUCAGGUUAGGAGAGGCUACACUUUGCAGGUGCUAUGAAAGGCUUUCUUUCCUUUACAGUCCUUAUACUCCUUUCACUGGUACACAGCUCCCAGGGAGUCUAUGUCCAGGAUGGCGACUUGAAAUUCUCCCUUGAAUCUGUGAAGAAGCUAAAGGAGCUCAUGGAUGAGAACAGAAGCAUUAACCCUCGCAUGGUGGCUUCAAAGACUACCUAUUCUCCAUGCAAAGAAAAAGAUCUUCCUGAGGAGUUCCAAGCUGUGUGUAAAAGAGAAGAUGCACCCAUGAUUUUCGAGAGGCUGAGCACAGCUGUCAGAGAAGCUGAUUUGUGUGAAAUCUGUGCCAAUGCUGCCUGCUCUGGUUGCUUUUGAAAAAGGAUGAAGCAAUCUGAAGAAGAUGUGCCAAGUUUGUGCAUUUGUGUUGCAAGAUCACAUACCCUCAAAAAUCAAUAUUUAGUCUCCAUCUCCACUGUAGUCAAACUGAAACUAUUGCCUCAUGUAGACAUGCUAGGGGGAAUAUUGAAGUAGUUAGAUCAGAUAACACCAACAGGGCAGUUUUGGCAACAAGAAGACAAAGCCUUAUCUGAGAUGCUGAGGAACCAUCGGCUCACACUGAGUGGUGCCCUUUCUUGAGCUGACUGCUCUCCCUGAGCUGUGCCUCUGUCUACAUGAGCUGUGUCAUGCUUGACUGGAGUGAAAAUUUCCUGGGUUCAUUGUUUUGGCUUCCACUAUUUUAUCUGGAUUGGAACAUGAUGGGUCAAACUGAGUAGUCUUCUCUAGCCCUUUUAAUGUCUAAAUCUACCUGUGACCUGCCUUCCCCUACACACAUACACCUAGUGGCCAAGGUUUAUAAUCUUUUCCAGCAUAUACUAUCCAAUUGGUUGGAUAAGUGCCUGUAGGUCUGCAUGUGGUAUGUGUAUGUUUGUAACAGAACUGUAACAUGCAAAUUGGGGACAAGUUAUAAGUGUUUAGCUACACUUUCACACCCAGAAAAUUCUCCAUCUGUUACUUGUACUAAUAGUUUAUUGCCAAUUUAUGGAAUAGAAGUGGACAAACACUGUAGCUAGUAACGUUUUCCUCAUAGUUGUAUAGAAGUUCCCUUCUUUCAAUGGAUUUUCCUGUUCGUUAAGCUCUAUUUAGGAGACAGGAAGUCCAAACUGCAAUGUUGGCAGCACUUUGAAAGAAAAAUAUUGACUUGAUGGGAUUUAUGUUUUUGUCAUUUUGUUUUGUUGUGUGGUGUUUGUGUUUUUGGUGGCAAUAUUGUGAAGAAAGGGUCUGCCCAUGUUUAUAUGCUACUGUACAUGAAAUAAAAGCUCGUGACA